AUGGAUCAGCAAGGUGCCGAUCAGCCAGUUGUACAGCAACCUCAUGUUCAAGCCUAUCGUCAGCCGUGCCUACCAGAACCUUUUGCUGAUGGCGACAUAUCUACCUGGUUGCGUCGCUUUGAUCUCUGCUGUUCUGCUAACCGCUGGGACGCCCACGACAAGGUCGUACGGUUGCCUACUCUGCUACAAGGACGAGCCUUUGCAGUGUUUGAACGGCUGACCCAACAGCAAACGGAUACGUACGACCACCUCAUUGCCGCUCUGAAAACAGCAUUUGAACCGCGUACAGAAGAACGUCGUCGCCUUGCAACGCGGCAGCUCAAUAGUCGCACUCUGCAGACGGGUGAGGACCUUGAUGUAUUUGUACGUGAUCUAGAACGUUUGCUAGACAGAGCACAGCCUGGGUUAUCCGCAGAGUUGCGUCGGCGGCAGUUGAUUGACCGGUUCAUUGCCGGGUUACCGGAGGUCAUCAGUGAUCAGCUAUACGUCUUAGCACCAGUGGGCCUUAACGAAACGGUGAGCAAAGCUAGAGAGCUGUGUCUCUUGCAGCGUCGCAAAGAGGACAGGCAAGGUACAAGACAAGGGAGGAUAGCUGCCACAACAGGAGCGCAGUCCGCUGAUCAGGAAUCAUUAGCACAAACAAUGGUGCGUUCUUUAGAAGCGUUGACCUCGCGUAUGGAACGACUGGAAGACCGCAUUCAAGGUGGAGCUACUGGGAAGCAACAGUCCCGUUCUCGAAAGAUUAGUGGAGGAUGCUUCAGAUGUGGUAGUACAGAUCAUUGGAAACGAGAUUGUCCAGUGCCGGCUGGGAAACCUACCCACAAGGAAGCAUGGAAGAAGACCAACAGUAACCCCAUUAGCCUGACCAAAAAACCGCAGAAACGUAAUACUGUGGGUAUUCUGACUGGUGGAGAAGCUGAUCAAUCAUGCUCUCUCACGGUACAAGCGAUUGUGGCAGGACAGAUGACGCAGUGUCUGGUAGACACCGGUGCAUCUGCAUCUCUGGUGCCCAGCAGGCUUUAUCUGGGAAACCACGAUUCAUCUAGGAGUGGUGAGAAUAGCCACAAUUCACUGAAAGGAGUGGAUGGAAAUGAUAUCCAUGUCUGUGGCAAGAUGGAUUUGCAAGUGGAAAUUGGUCAGUGGAAGACUCAUCAUACAUUUUUGGUAGUCAACAUAGCUACAGGACCCAUUCUUGGUGUAGACUUUCUUCUGAAGCACAACAAUACUGUUGACUUGAGGCGAAGCAGGCUGACACUACCAGGAAGUGCAAUUGGAAGGUUGACCACACCAGGAGUACAAAGCAAUCAUUGUUUUCUGAUUCUCAACCACAGCAUGCAGAUUCCCACAAUGACCAGACAGCUGGGAGAAGCUCACAUAGUGGAUGAGUAUGGUAACAAGGUAUGUCAAGAGGGAGUGGCAAUGUUAGAGCCAGACAAUACUGUCAUUAGCAAGACAGGUGUCAUGAUUGCCCACUCACUAAUCAGUUUGGAUCAGGAUGUGGUGCCAGUGCAAUUGAUGGCACUUGGUGGACCAGUGCAGCUGUCACAAGGAACUGCAUUGGGGCAACUGACCAGCAUAGACCACGACGUCCCCAUUGUAGGCGUAAUUCAAGAACCAGAUGCAGGAAUUGACACUAGCCAAGAUACAGUCCCUAGAAGUGAUGUCAUACCUACUAAUGCAUCAGUUAGUGAAAAGAACAAUGAGCUAGUGCAGCAAUUUGAACUAAACAAGCUGCAACUGAAGGAAAGCGAACGAAAACAAUUAGAGGCACUGAUCAUCACGCAUACUAAUCUGUUUGCAUUCCAAGCAGGCGAAGUAGGCAGAACGAAUCGGGUCCAACACAGAAUCAAGACUGGGGACAGUCCCCCAAUUAGACAGCACCCCAGAUGACUUCCACACAGCUUGAGAGACGUGGUCAAAGACCAAGUUCAAGAGAUGCUGGAGAGGGACAUUAUUCGUCCAUCAGCAAGUCCUUGGUCAAGUCCGAUUGUUCUUGUAAAGAGAAGGGAUGGCCGAUUUAGAUUCUGUGUAGACUACC